AUGUCAGACUGGGAAUCCGAUGAUGCUCCUGCCCCCACUGCCCCAUCGAUCGCGACCAAGAAACCCGUAAAGAGUAAAUGGGAGGGUGAAGACGAAGAUGAAUCAUCUCCGGUCAGCGAUUGGGAAGCAUCCUCAGAUGAAUCCUCGGACGACGAUAAACCACCAGCAGCACCCGUAGCACCCCCCAAAAAGAAGGGCACGGUGAAACAGAAAAUAGCAGAGAAAGAAGCUGCGAAAGCUGCGCUAGUGGGCAAUGAUGAUUUGGAGUAUGAUGAAGACUCUGUCCUUGAUCCGCGCGAGAAGGCGAGGUUGGAUAGGGAGCGGGAGAUUAAAGCUGACUUGGAUAAUGCUGCUGCGCUUUUUGGAGCUGCUGGCCUUGGAGCUGAUCCCUCCGUGUCUGUGUUUGCAGAUACCUCAUCAUCCGAGCUAGACGCGCUCAUCUCCGCCGAUCCCCGCACAAAAGAGGAUUUCCAGGAUUUCUCAACAAGAAUCAUCGAGUUUAUUGUUAAACGACAUCAGACAAAGCCUCUGUACGCGUCAUUCGUGGAGCAUCACGUCCGAGAGCUCUGUCAGCCUUUGAAGGACAUAGAGAUCAGGAAAGCUGCGAGUGGACUUACGACGCUUGCUAAUGAGAAGCAGAAAGAGCAGAGAGACAAAACGAGCGGGAAGAAGAAAGUCAAAGCUGCUACGAAGCCUGUCUUAGGCUCGGCGAAAGUCGCCAAUAAAUUCGAUACAGGGGUGUAUGAUGAAGCGCUGGAUGAUUUCGGCACCAAUCAAGAUGAUUUCAUGUAGAAUAGUACUGUGCAUCUACUAUAUUAUGUCUGAGUAGAUUCUUGUCAUUUUAGGGUGAGCUGAUAUAUCGAAGCUCAGUCGUCUUCGUCCCCUUCGUCUUCGCUCGCUUCAUUGUCGUCGACGAGGCCUACUAACCCUCCGCCUUCUUUUUCCUUCAGAACGCGCCCGGCUUCGCUGAGCUUGGCAGCAAAUGCUCUCCGCGCACCAGAGUUGGCGCCAACGUCCCAUAUCUGUAGUUUUGCUUUAGAGCCUGCUGCAGCGAUCGUAAGGGGAUCGUCUGGUGAAAACACCGCUGAAAAGACUUUGCC